AUGGAAGGCUUCGGGGUGAAGAUUUUCUUCAAUGUUGUAGUAGUAGGGUUCUUGUUCCAACUCCUCGAGGUGGCUCUGGCCAGAGGCGGAGGCUUCAGUGUCGACCUCAUCCACCGUGAUUCCCCUCAUUCUCCGUUCUUUGAUCCUUCAAAGACUCAGGCGGAGCGGCUGACGGACGCGUUCCGCCGGUCUGUUUCUCGUGUCGGCCGCUUCAGGCCUACUGCCAUGACCCCGGAUGGAAUUCAAUCCAGGAUAGUCCCGUCGGCCGGGGAAUAUCUCAUGAAUUUUUCUAUCGGAACUCCACCAGUUCCGGUCAUCGCCAUUGUUGAUACCGGCAGUGAUCUCACCUGGACGCAGUGCCGGCCCUGUACCCACUGUUACAAGCAGGUUGUCCCAUUAUUUGACCCCAAAAAAUCAUCAACUUACAGAGAUUCUUCCUGUGGAACAAGCUUUUGUCUGGCUCUGGGGAAGGACCGCUCAUGUCGCAAUGGAAAAAAAUGCACAUUCAUGUACAGCUACGCCGAUGGAUCCUUUACUGGCGGAAACCUAGCAGUCGAAACGCUCACUGUCGCGUCCACCGCCGGAAAACCAGUAAGCUUUCCGGGGUUCGCGUUCGGUUGUGGGCACAAAAGUGGUGGCAUAUUCGAUAAAAGCAGCUCUGGGAUACAUCUCCAGCAGGAUAAAUUUUGGCGCAUCCGGCAGAGUCUCCGGUUACGGCACCGUCUCCACUCCGCUAGUUCAGAAAGCCCAGAUACCUUCUACUACCUCACGUUAGAAGGCAUCAGUGUGGGGAAGAAGAGGUUGCCAUACAAGGGCUUUUCGAAGAAGGCUGAAGUUGAAGAGGGAAACAUCAUCGUUGAUUCCGGGACAACCUAUACCUUUCUCCCCCAGGAGUUUUACAGCAAGUUGGAGAAAUCUGUAGCAAAUUCCAUUAAAGGGAAACGAGUCAGAGACCCAAAUGGGAUUUUCAGUCUGUGCUAUAACACUACAGCCGAGAUAAAUGCUCCUAUUAUUACAGCUCAUUUCAAGGAUGCAAAUGUGAAGUUGCAGCCAUUGAACACAUUCAUGAGAAUGCAGGAGGAUCUGGUUUGCUUUACAGUGGCGCCUACUUCUGAUAUUGGGGUCUUGGGGAACUUGGCUCAGGUGAAUUUCUUGGUAGGGUUUGAUCUCAGGAAGAAGAGGGUCUCUUUCAAGGCUGCUGAUUGCACCCAGCAUUAG